CAUGAAAAUAAUUUUAUCAGCAAUAAAUCCCAGAGCAAAAAAACGGGAGCACUGCAGUAGUUCUCCGCGAUUCUAUUUAUUCUUGUUUUGUUACCACCGAACAAUCCUUCAUUUUUAUAAUAAAUUUAUCCAGUUAUCUGGAAGUCCGCGAGAAAAAUGAUCGGUGGACUCUUCAUCUACAAUCACAAAGGAGAAGUGCUGAUUUCCAGGGUGUAUCGCGAUGACAUUGGACGCAACGCCGUGGAUGCCUUCCGCGUGAAUGUGAUCCAUGCCCGUCAGCAGGUGCGCUCGCCCGUCACCAACAUCGCCCGGACGAGUUUCUUCCACAUUAAACGCGGAAACAUUUGGAUUGCCGUCGUCACCAAGCAGAACGUCAACGCCGCCAUGGUCUUUGAGCUGCUCAAUAAAACCGUGGAGAUUAUGCAGUCGUACUUUGGGAAACUGAAUGAGGAAAAUGUCAAGAAUAAUUUUGUCCUCGUCUACGAGAUUUUAGAUGAAAUUCUGGAUUUCGGGUAUCCGCAAAACUUGGAUACGGGAAUUUUGAAGACGUUUAUCACGCAACAGGGAAUCAAAUCUGGGACCAAGGAAGAACAGGCGCAGAUUACGUCGCAAGUGACGGGCCAGAUUGGCUGGCGCCGCGAAGGCAUCAAGUACCGGCGCAAUGAGCUGUUCCUGGAUGUGCUGGAGUAUGUUAAUUUGCUGAUGUCGGCGCAAGGACAAGUGUUGUCGGCCCAUGUAGCCGGAAAAGUCAUCAUGAAGAGCUAUCUGAGUGGGAUGCCCGAGUGUAAAUUCGGAAUUAAUGACAAGAUUGUGAUGGAUUCCAAGAACAAACCGGGCACCGAAGAGCUAAAUAAAAACCGCACUGCGAUCGCCAUCGAUGACUGCCAGUUUCAUCAGUGUGUUAAGCUGAGCAAAUUCGAAACGGAGCACGCUAUCAGUUUUAUUCCGCCGGACGGAGAAUUUGAACUUAUGCGAUACCGUACAACCAAAGAUAUUAGUCUACCAUUCCGUGUUAUUCCGCUGGUUCGCGAAGUUGGCCGGACGAAAAUGGAAGUCAAAGUUGUGAUAAAGUCUAAUUUCAAACCGCAGUUAUUGUCGCAGAAGAUUGAGGUGCGCAUUCCGACGCCGUCGAACACCAGCGGUGUCCAGUUGAUUUGCAUGAAAGGCAAGGCCAAGUACAAGCCCAGCGAGAACGCCAUCGUGUGGAAGAUCAAACGCAUGGCCGGCAUGAAAGAGUCCCAGCUGAGCGCCGAGAUCGAACUCCUGCCCACCAACGACAAGAAGAAAUGGACCCGGCCGCCCAUCUCCAUGAACUUUGAGGUGCCGUAUGCGCCAUCCGGGCUGAAAGUGCGCUAUCUGAAGGUCUUCGAGUCCAAACUGAACUACAGCGAUCAUGAUGUUAUCAAAUGGGUCCGCUAUAUUGGCCGGAGUGGCCUGUAUGAGACGCGCUGCUAACGUGCAUUUGUUCCCCUUCUGCAAUAUGGUCGGUGUGAGAAAAGGACAAUAACCCGCAGCCGGUUUCAGCGAGCGUUACUCGGCACUGGUGAAACACAGGAUGGACGUCAGUGGGAUUAUAAUUUAUUAUGUAAUUAUGGCCUUGUUGGUGUUGUUGACAAUUAAUGUUUAACUACAGUGAUUUGUUUAAUUGUCCGUACUGGUUUUCUUGACAACUUUUUGCGUUGACGGCUGUCGCUUCCACACAUUCCCUGUUGCAUGUUUUCGAACCCCUGUUUCUGAUUAUUGCGCGCGCGGUGAUUUAGUAUUGAUCGUCGGUUUUGUCUUUUCUAAUUUUUUUCAUUGAUGUUUUUAAUUUGAUUUUAGUUUCUCACUACACUGAUUUUAACGCUGUUGUAUAGUUUGCAAACUGAUGUUGUGUAUAACAAAAUUUUUUUCGAUUUGG